GUUUUUAAACAUCAAAAUUCUAUGCCUGCGUUGAACACAGAUACCACGCCUUUCCUUAUUACAGAAAUUUGGUGGUAUUUGAGUUAGUACAUUUGAUAAUGGUCAGUUGGCAAUUUGGUGAUUACAUAAUUUUUGGAUUAGAAUUAGUAAUUUUGGAGUACUGAAAAAGAAUUCAUGCACGGACCUUUUUUCUCCCUUUAUUAUCAAUGAAGUGCUUUAAUUGUCACUUUGUUGCAGGAUACACCUAAGUGCUUGCAAAAUAUCUUAGCUGUCAAAAGCAGGAUACAACUAAGUGCUUGCAACAUAUCUUAGCUGUCAAAAGCAGGUUAGGGAUCUGCCUUUUGGCCCGACCAACAGAUCUAGAAAAAUGGAGCUCAGUGCCAUUAAAGAUGCAUUUGACCGAGUUUCCAAGAAGCAGAAGCUGUCUUCUUCCAAAACCCAGGAGGUGAUUGACCAGGUUGGCCGUGAAAUUGAACAUGCACUGUCGAGAAUGCAGUCAGUGCAAGAUGCCGGGUCAGCCACUGAUCAGAAGACCAUUCUCACAGAACUGAACAGCAAGCUGAAUGAGAUUGGCCCGAUCAAUCAGAUUGAAGGGUCACAGAAGGAGUUGAAUGUUGGGUUGAGUAAAUAUGCCAAGCUGCUCGAGAAAUCCUUUGUUAUGGACAUUUCCAAGGCGUACCGGAAUGUGGACUUUGAUGUCCACACAGUGAACCAGAUCAUUGCUGCCCACCUAUACAGGCAGGGCCUGUUUGAUCUUGGCGACUGCUUUGUGAACGAGGCUGACAAGCCAGAUGCGACUUCCCUGAAAUCUCCAUUUGUGGAGAUGUAUAAAAUACUUGAGGCAAUGAGAUCCAGGAAUCUAGGACCCGCACUGGCUUGGGCGGCUGCUAAUCGUGACAUGCUCCUGCAGAACGGAUCGACCCUCGAGCUGAAGCUCCACGGGCUGCAGUUUGUGGAGAUACUGCAGAAGGGAAGCCAAAGCGAUGCUCUCAAGUACAUUUGGACAUUCCCAGCCCCAUUGGUUUCGAUGCACAUGCCCGAGAUACAAAAGCUCACAAUCUGCCUUUUGUGGGCAGGCUGUCUCGAGCGCUCUCCAUAUGCCAAUUUCCUGUCCCUGAUGCAUUGGGAGUUGCUGUCUGAGGAGCUGACACGGCAGUUCUGCAACCUUUUGGGCCAGUCUUAUGAGAGCCCGCUCAGUGUGGCUGUGGCGGCUGGUGUCCAAGGGUUGCCUACAUUGCUGAAGCUGGCGAAUGUGAUGGCUACGAAGAAGCAAGAAUGGCUGGCGAUGAAGCAGCUGCCGGUGCCUGUGGACUUGGGCCCUGAGUUCCAGUUUCACUCGAUCUUUGUGUGCCCCAUCUCGCGUGAUCAAGGGAGUGAGGAGAACCCGCCGAUGCUGAUGCCGUGUGGCCAUGUGCUGUGCAAGCAAUCGAUCGUGAAGCUAUCAAAGAGCAGCACACGCAUGUUCAAGUGUCCAUACUGCCCGAACGAGGCCACCAUCACUCAGUGUAAGCAGCUGUACUUCUGAUGGGCCUUGAGGGAUUGGAUAGGUCCAGAUGUGUUUGUAGACGUAAGCUGAAAAAGCUCUAUUUAUUCUCUCUCGAUGAACUGAAAGGUAACGGUGUAAAGGGGUGGUGGCCCUUUGGUGUAUGUGGUUGCAUUUGGUUGUGAAUAGAUAUUCUUUAUUCAUGUGGGACGCUUAAAUGGAGCAAAUUUAAAUCCAAAACUAUCAAAUGAGAGGCGGAUCUUUAAUGAACGGCCUAGAUCGUGCCUUUGCCUUC